AUGAACCGCAGGCCAAAGGAUACAAUCUCCGUCAACUGGCCGAUCCCGUAUGGUGGCGGGGCGAAAGUGCGGUCACAUACCAGCGCCGACUCAGUCGAUCCCCACGGCGGCAGGAACUCAGCUUCAAUCGCUGCUGCAAUCAGCAAUGCGAUCACCGUUGCCAUCGACACCGCGAUCACUGAUGCCGUCGUCGCCCAAGUUGAGCAGUGGGCCAAGGACAACCAGAUCGAAGUCGAGAAUAAACAAAUCCAGGACUUGGCAAGGAAUUUGGAAACUUUUAAGGACGAGAUGGGCAAGGUCCAGGCCAAACUCAAGGCUGUGGUCACCGAGCAGGCUGUUCGUCAGAUGGCCCGAAAUAUAGCCCAGGCAGAGUGCAGUCCUGUUGAGCGGGAUUUGAAGAAGCUCAAGGAGCACCGGGAGGACGAAUUGGAAGCGCUUCGAUUUGAGAUUGCUGGCUUACGCGUGGACUUCAACACGGACAAGAACAGGCUUACUCAGCGGUUGAUGGAGCCGACAGAACCAUCAAGAAUCUGA